AUAUCGCGCUCGCUUCACGGCACCGCUGCCGAGACGUUCUGGACGGGCACCUCGUACCUCCUCGCGUCGGCAGUCUGCCAGCCCGUGGUCGCGGCGGGCUCGUCUUGCUUCGGUCGACAGCGGCUGCUCGUCACGUCCAUCGUUCUCUUCACCUUCGGCACGGCCUUCUGCGCGGUUGCACACGACUUUGCCGUCAUGCUGAUCGGGCGCUGCGUACAGGGCGGAGGAGGAGGAGGCGUCAUCGCCAUGACCCAGGUCAUCUUCUGCGACAUGGUCCCUUUGAGACAGCGA